AUGGCAUUUAACAACAUCAGUCAAUCUUUUGCUGGAGAAAAUGAACAUGGCUGUGGCGAUGGUGCAAAAUUUUUACGCGAACCUGGUAUACCCCCUUUCAUAACGAAGACAUAUGCUAUGGUGGAGGAUCCGAAUACAAACUCUAUGAUCAGUUGGAGUCCAUCUGGUACUAGUUUCGUUAUUUGUGAUCAUAUUAGAUUUAGCUUCGAGCUUCUACCCAAAUAUUUCAAGCAUACUAAUAUGUCAAGCUUCAUUUAUCAACUCAACAACUACGGGUUCAAGAAGAUUGGACUUCAAAAAUGGGAGUUUGAAAAUUAUUGGUUCCAAGCAGGGAAAAAACACUUGUUGACUAACAUAAAGAGACGAGACAGAAAUCUCAAAGUCCAAAAAGAUUUUAAUCAACAAACUUACUAUUACGGGGUAGAGGAAGAGUUAAGGAGCCAGAGAGAUCUCAACGAUACGUUGAAGUCAGAAAUCGAGAAGCUGAAGGAGAGACAAGACGAUUUUGCUAAUGGAAUCGCGUCUUUGAAGGAAUACUUGGAAAAUUCAGAGUCAGAGUCCAGGAAACUUCUCUGUUUCCUGGCAAAAGCGGUUAAGCAAGUUGAAAUCAAGUCUGGUACGAAGCGUGUUGUGGAGGUUAGAGAUGUAAUUGCCAAGAAACAUAGAGCAGAGGAUACUGCUGGAAGUAGUAGCAACAGCUCGGAGAAGAAAAACAUGGAUGAUUUUUCAGUUGUUAAACUAGUACACGAUAUCGUGAAGAAGCCUAAGAUUGAUGGAGGAAGUGAAUGA